UACCGCUGCUGGCUAACAAAUACAACGCUUCUCGCACACUCAUCGUUCUAUUUCCAUUUGUGAUUGAGAUAUCCGAAGUCUAAAUCAAAUUCUAUCUUCAUUUAUAGACUGUAACCGAAAUAUAUCACAUUCAACGUUGGAUUAUAUCAUUAGAGAGUUCACCAACUUGUUCAGAAUCAACAAACAUUUAUAAUUGUGGAUUUACUUUACUGGACCUAAUCCUAACACGCGACGUCUGAUCAAUUUAAGUAACGUCCCCAAUUUUUACUGUAUUUGUGACAAUUAAUUAUAUAUAUUAAUAUUACUAUUGAUUUUUAAUAACUUUGUUUAUAUUUUUUGUGUUCAUAUCUGUUUGGUCCACCACAAUUAUUUGGUGAGCCUUGAAUUCAUUAUAGACGUUUACUGUUUAUAUAUAUAUUCAUUUUUUUUAUUACUUGGCACGCUAGUUCAUUUAUAUUUGUUUUUGCCAUCAUGAACUCUCCUGGUAAACUCAUUGAUAUAGAUAGUCCACUGAUCAACUCCUUUAACUCUUCACAGUCAGAAGAUAAUGCCUUAACCUCGAUCAACGCAAUUUUAGACUUAAGACUACCAACGUUCGGCGUUAAUAAUCCAAGAAUCUGGUUUGCACAAAUCGAAGCUUUGUUCAUGGCUAGAGGUAUAAAAUCUCAGGCAACAAAGUAUGCUUAUGUAGUUGGGGCACUCCCUAUCGAGAUUGCUGCGGAAGUCGGAGAUUUAAUCGAUCACGUGCCAGAAGCUGAACCUUAUGAUAAAUUAAAGACAGCCGUAAUCCAACGCACCUCGGUUUCAGAUGAGAGAAGACUGCAGCAAUUGCUAACUUCUUGCGAAUUGGGGGACAAGAGACCCUCGCAAUUACUCCGACAUAUGAAACACUUAGCAGGGCCAUAUAAGGUAGACGAUGCAUUGCUUAAACAGAUGUGGUUUCAACGUUUACCACAGAAUGUCACCCAAAUUCUCAGCAUAUCAGGAACUUCCGUCAAUCUCGACGAUCUAGCUGAUAUGGCUGACAAAAUGAUGGAGAUUUAUCCCGACAGCCAACGUUUGAAUGUACUACAGACCUCUAGUGGAGACACGAUUAGCCCAUCUAACAGCAUCCAACAACAAAUAACACAGUUAACACAACAGCUAGCAGCACUACAAGCGACUAUUUCUACCAUACAUUCUCGACCUGCCAGAUCUAGGUCCAGAAGGAGAUCAGUAUCCAGACCUCGUCUUAGGUCACCCAAACGGACAUCAGAUACUUGCUGGUAUCACGCGACUUUCGGGGAGAAGGCACGCCGUUGCACUAAACCAUGCAACUUUAAAAUAAGCAACCCAAAGGACCAGGGAAACGAGACGGCCAGACAGUGAUGGCGGCGCCUGUUUCUGGCCACUACCCGAGCCGUCUAUUUCACGUCAGGGAUCGGAUUUCGGGCUCAGAUUUUUUGGUCGAUACAGGAGCCGAAAUCAGCAUAGUCCCAUUACACCUUUCUCAACGACGGCACUCGCAAAGUACUAAAUUGUCUCUAGUCGCUGCUAAUAACACAGUCAUUAAAACUUAUGGUGAACAAUCACUCAUCUUAGAUUUUGGUCUCCGUAGACGUUUCACAUGGGUUUUC